AGGGACUCUCCUCGGUCUCAGCUCUCCGCUUCUCACUCCAGUGGCAGUCCGGUCUGGUCUCCACCCGAGCGAAUGGGCGGAAGCAGCACCGCCCCAAGCCCGCCGUCAGCCACCGGCGAUUCGAGCUGAGAGAGGCGGAGCGUAGAUGAUGGGCCCUGACGACACCUCCGAAGGGGUCGACCUGGAUGACAACAUGCUGCCGUGUUCUGCAGCAGCGACAGCCGACCCGGAAUCCAAGGUCCUCGAUGACGACAACCUCCUCAUCGAGAUCAUUGUCCGCCUCGGCUUCCCCACCAGCCUCGUCCAUGCGGCGCUGGUCUGUAAGCGCUGGUACAGCCUCGCUUCUGACCCCGCCGUCCUCCGCCGCUUCCGCAAGCUCCACCCUCCCCGACUCCUCGGAUUCUAUGUCAACACCGCCACCGGGGAGCAUUUGUACUCCUCACGCUUCUUGCCGAUCCUGCCCCGGCCUCCAGAGCUCGACUCUGUCUUCCGCCACGCAAGCUUCAGCUUGGACGCCUACGAGAACGGAUGGACCUACGUCGCCGACUGCUGGAAGAACAACGUCUUAAUCUACUUGAAACGCCACAAUGGUGGUGCGAGAGGGCCCGAUAGGGUAGUGCGCAACCCACUCUUCCCCGACAGAGUCAUGGCCGUCGUCCCUACACCACCACGGCACCAACUCUCGGAAGGAAAUGACAUGGCAGUUGCUCAUCUCCUCAUCGAAGGAGCUGACAGUUUGUCCUUCUUCUAUGUGUUUAUAGAGCCUACCGACGGGCCAACGGAAUCUACUGUGUACGUGUAUAUGUUCAAAGAUGGUGUCUGGUGCAUGAUCUCCUCGGCCACGACAGAGCUUCAUUGUCAACAACUCAAAUUAAAACCGCUGCUCGUCAACAGUAAAAUAUAUAUGCUUGCCUCCCACUGUGGCAUGCUUGUCUUCGAUUCAAGAACCUUAGGUUUCUCCACAGUUCAGCUCCCACAAGGGGUGGUGUGUGGCCAACAUUUCUUCACAAUUAAACCCCUGGGGCUCAAGUGUGGUGGAAGAACAAGGCUGUUGCGAGCUGAUGAUGGUUCGGGGGUAUAUCUUAUCCAUGUCAAUGAGCUUCAGCUUGUCAUCUGGCUCCACGAGGGGGGCAACUGGUUGCUGGUGGCUACCAUCUGUUUGCUUGAGAUGUGCGCUGAUUUGAGAAUCUCAGACUGCAGGCUUGAGAAUGGGAAUGAAGGUUUUGUGGAGAUAACCAUGGUGGGGCCCAAUGCCGAGUUUGUGUUACUGGAGACACCUCUGUGCACAUUUCACUGGGAUAUUAAGUGCAGGACGCUGCGUAAAGUGCAUGAGAUCACACGAAAUGAUACAUGUUUGCGUCGUAUCCAUCCUUUUAUGAUGAUCUGGCCUCCUACAUUCCCUGCGCUCAAGGAUGAUCCUUCAAGUGGUGGCAAGUGAAGAUCAGGAAGGCCUCGAUCAACUAGUGAGCCGAGCUGCGCUUCCUUGCUUAGCAGCUUGGGUGGUGGCAAAAUUAUGGUGAAAACGAAGCCAUCGGAAAAAAAAAACUCUAUAUGUGCAUGCUAGGGCCUAGGGGGAUGUGAAAUGUAACACCUGAAUUGAAGCGGCAGAAAUAACAGUGAAGAAACCUGAAAGUUUAUGCAACCGAAACAAUCGACAAGCAAGUUGCUUAGCUAUUAGCAGUAUUAGUUUAUCAUCAUAUCUUUAUCAUAAGAGCAUCCUUCCAAGCGAGAUGUAUUGGACAUGCUUUGGCGUAUCUUUUGUGAGUAGUUCUUCGGUUUGAUUCUCAAA